CGAUCAUCUGACCAAUAACAGAGGAACGAGCCACUGAACUGAUCAAUCAUCUGAUCACCACGUGUUGCUGUGGCAACGCUCUGAUGUGGUCGGUCAGAAGGGCGGGCUUCUGGUUCAACUGUGGAGUGAGCUUUAAUUUGAAAGCUCCUCACUUCCGGUUGAGCGGUUGUUGUUCCCAUGCCACGACACUGCAUCUUGUUUCCAUAGAAACGCGGCAGCUCGACACCGGAGGACGCAGUCCAGGUCCAGAUCUCAUUGGUGGAGCCAACUACAGUUCAAUGAAGGACGGAGGCGUGGCCGAGGUUCUGUCCAGCUGGAGGACUCAGUCAGGACGUGAACGCUCGGCUCCCCGUGGGACGCUCCCUCCAGACUUUGUCUCUCUGAACCGGGACGCGGUGAAAGCUGGAACGGUGACGCCCAAAGAGCUGAGUCAGUACCGGGCUCAGGGGGGCGGGGCCAAGACACAACGUCCUGCUCCCACACAGCAGAGGGGCGGGGCUUCACAGCGCCCGGCAAUUCCUGAUGUCACCUUCGGAGUCCCGACAUGGCCGUCGUCUCCUCUGUCAGACCUCCUUUCUCAUCAGUACGCCCGCCGCCGGCAGGAUGAGCAGCGCAGCCGGAAUCAAACCAGCAACCAGCCACAGCAGCACAGGAUGAAACCAGGUGCAGACACGAGGACCAGUCUGCUGAGGAAGGGACGAGCUCUGCCUGUUACACAGCCACUGAUCAGACGGACACACUUCACCCAGGUUCCUCCGGCUCUGGAUACCUUCAGGGACCAGGAGGUUCUGUCCAGGGGAGAGGAUCAGGAUGAGAAGACCAAGAGAGAAGAUCAGGAUGAGAAGACCAAGAGAGAAGAUCAGGAUGAGAAGAACAAGAGAAAAGAUCAGGAUGAGAAGAACAAGAGAAAAGAUCAGGAUGAGAAGAACAAGAGAAAAGAUCAGGAUGAGAAGAACAAGAGAAAAGAUCAGGAUGAGAAGAACAAGAGAAAAGAUCAGGAUGAGAAGACCAAGAGAGAAGAUCAGGAUGAGAAGAACAAGAGAGAAGAUCAGGAUGAGAAGAACAAGAGAAAAGAUCAGGAUGAGAAGACCAAGAGAGAAGAUCAGGAUGAGAAGAACAAGAGAGAAGAUCAGGAUGAGAAGAACAAGAGAAAAGAUCAGGAUGAGAAGAACAAGAGAAAAGAUCAGCAUGAGAAGACCAAGAGAGAAGAUCAGGAGAGAGGAUCAGGGUCUGGACUGAACAAACAUCUUCUCUCUAAUAAAACACAUGAAGCAUAAUCUCACUGUGACGUCACUGACACAAUAACACAACACAACUGUAACACAACUGUGACACAACUGUAACAACUGCGACACAACUGAGACACAACUGUUACUACAGAGCCUUUGCAGUAGCGGCCCCCAGACUCUGGAACUGCCUCCCCCUGCACAUCCGUGCAGCCCAUUUAAAGACCCACCUCUUUUCUCUAGCCUUUGAUUAGUGUCUCCUUUUUUUUAAGUGCCAGUGCAUAGUGUUCCCUGGUUA